UUUUUAACGUGUAUUUCUCCUUAGGCCAAGACUUGAAAAGUUCUGCGUAGCAACGCAAGACCGAUUCCUAAUUUCUAUUAUCGCUGGAGUGAUUCGUGAUUAUCAACCGCUGUGGGAGAAGGUGUACUUCUAUACCUCCAGCUCCUAAAAAAUUUAUUAUUUUUUUGUCUUCCCUCAUCUGCCCUCUUGUACAUUUUGAAUUUUUCUCCCAUUCUUCUUUCAAACAUAACAGAGCUACUCAUUGCAUCUAUAUGAUAACUGCUUCACGACCGGUCUUGGUGGCCGCUGCUCUGUCUGUCAUCUUACUUGUGUCAUGGCUGGUUUCCACCUCGUCUACGCAAGUCAAUUGGUACACUUGUCAUGACACCAACAGCAAAGUUGACACAGCUAACAAAGCUAUGGAUGGGUCUCUAGCACGACCUGUCAACAACUUCAAUUACUUUGAUAUGAAUCAAUUGAAUGCAUCGGCACAAGAUACCCAUUACAAUCAACAUGUCUUGAUUCUAACUCCAUUCAAAGAGGCGGCACGUCACAUUGAGCGGUACUUUGAGAAUGUCAACAGCUUGACGUACCCCCAUCAUCUCAUCUCCCUUGGAUUCCUGGUCUCUGAUUCCCAGGAUGGCACUAUUGAGAAGCUGCAGCAACAUGCACAAGAUGUCAGCAAGCAGCAGGAGCCAUGGCAACGGUUCAAUCGGAUAUCGAUUUUCCAAAAGGAUUUCGAUUUUGUGUUAUCUGAAGAGGACCGUCAUGACUAUGAUGUCCAGAUCAAGCGUCGUGAAAUCAUGUCCAAAAGCCGUAACUACCUCUUGGCCUCUGCGUUGACUGAAGACAUUGCCUGGGUGCUUUGGCUGGAUGGCGAUGUGAUAGAGUAUCCAGCCACCUUGAUAGAGGACCUGACCAGUAUGGAUAAGGACGUCAUUGUGCCUAAUUGCUGGUGGCACUCGUACAACGAAGAAGGUGGCUACGAUAAGAACAACUGGCAAGAAACGAAUGAAAGCUGGGCCUUUCAAUCUACCCUUAAGCCCACCGAUGUCUUGGUGGAAGGUACGUAUGUCGGAGUCAGAGUUAAUAGAAUCCCAGUCAGUGGACUGACCCUCGCUUCGCUUAAUAGGCUAUGAAGAUGUCGUUCUCACCCGUCGCAAACUCAUGAUCGAUAACCGUUACCCUGACGGCAUUACCGAUCUAAUGCACACCAUCCCUUUGGACGGCGUGGGUGGCACUUGCACCCUAGUCAAAGCUCAAGUUCAUCGUGAUGGUGCCAUUUUCCCCCCUUUCCCAUUUCAACACCAGGUCGAAACGGAAGGCUUGGCCAAGAUGGUCAAGGCAUUGGGUUACGAAGUGUGGGGUUUACCAAAUUACUUGAUCUUCCAUAUCAUUUAGGCUGGAAGGAAGGGGGU